GUUCGUUUGCUGAGUGUCGGUGGUCGGUUGGUUGAACUUGGUUGUGGUUGUGAUGGUCGUGACUGCUUCAUUUUUGAAUGCUUAUAUAUGAAUGACAUCCGUCUGUCUGUCUGACUGUCUGUCUGUCUGACUGUCUGUCUGUCUGUCUGUCUGCAUUGGUGCGGUUGGUAGACGUCACUGGGCUGACUCUCUUGUGCAUCCAUCGUGAUCCGUGAACCUAAGAAGAAUUCGUACCCAGCUUCACUCCGCUGGCUUUAGGGAAAGUCGGCGGGCGUCAAACGCACCUCAAUUGAGGAUGAAGGAAGAGGCCCAAUUCUGUUCAAUCAGAGGGUUGGUUGUGGCGGAUACAUAUAGGAUUGUACACAAGAUUGGAGAGGACGGGUAAGAAGAUGUCCUGAAGCCGCGCAUGUGUGACUCGUCAACUGCUGCCAUGCAGAUGCGGAACGAUAUACCGGGCCGAAGACAUCGCAACCAAGGAGGAUCUCAGACUCAAGAAGCUAGACAAGUGAGGCGGGCAGACAGGCAGGCAGGCUGCACGCCCUUGCAUGAGCAUUUCUGGCUAUUUCUCCCUCAGAGAAGACUUUGAUGCGGGUGUCAAAGAGGUCUACAGACGCCUGCGCGAGGCGAGACACCCCAACGUCGGCAGGAUCCACGAGGUGGGUUAAAACAAAGGGGGACCAGGGCAGGGCCAGUCAUUCAUCGCAUCCAGGCGGCCUGUUUGUGUCGUUGGUCAGUUUAUUGAGGAGGAGGAUUGCUACUGGGUGGUGAUGGAGCUCAUCCAUGGAGAGGCGGCCGAGCACUUCAUCUGUGAGGUGGAUCACAUGGAGGACUGCACGCCCAUCCCUGCAGACGAUUUCUGGAAGAUCGUCGAUGGGGUCCUCAAGGGCCUCGAAUACGUCCAUGCGGAUCCGGAUAUCAUGGUGAGCGAUUCAUCCUCCAUCCCCUGGACACACUGCACGGUGGUUGGUUGUCUGUCUGCCUGCAGGUAUACCAUCGUAACGUGACGGCCGACAAUGUGAUGAUCACCUUCACGGAAGCCAAUCAGCUGGAGAGUGUCCAGUUGAUUGACUUUGAACUCUGCCAUGACAUCCCCGACAACAGCAUGGAUGGGCUGGGAGAGGACGACGUCCCCGUGGGCACACGGGGCUACAAGGUGCGCACCACACCGCACCCAAUCCACCACCCAACAGACAGACAGAUGGGCGCCCGUGUGUCUGUGUGUGUCGUUUGUCAGGCACCCGAGUUGUAUGCUGGCAGGUUCGACCAGCGAUCUGACCUGUUUGCUGUGGGCGUCAUAGCGUACGCAGAGCAGAGCACAGCACACGAAGGCCGGCCGCAUACGAGCAUAUGUGUGUGUGUGUGUGUGUGAAUUUGGUUGCUGCAGGUGGCGGCUGAUAACGCACAAGUGGCCGUAUUAUUUGACCCACAGGAUGGCGGAGGAGAUGGACAACGACAAGAUCCGGGAGACCAUCACCGAACAGCUGCAGGAGAGCCUCAGCUUCCAGGUGGGCAGGGCCAUGGGCCCUGUAUAGACGGACGGACGGCCGCAUUGGACAGCCAGGUCAACCGCUCAUUCAUAUGCGCUCUCCUUCUGUCUGUUGACUGAUUGAUUGUGUCAGUGUGGUUGGGUGCUGACCAGCCUGGCCAUGUACCCGGGGGCCUCCUCUCUGCUGAAACUGCUGCUCGCCCCCGACCCCAACGACAGGGCGGCCUCAGGUCAGUCUUUGUCAGACAGCCAUACAGACAGCCCAUCUGUGUGCGUGUGUCUCUCUUGUUCAGCAAGUGAGGCAUUGCGGCACCUGGCUGACGUCAGGCCCUGCAGCACAGCACCUAGCUGAGCAAGAAUGAUACUAGGUGUCGUGUCGGCAGCGAUGCGGGGCAGGGCAGUGGAUGGAGAUGGG